UGAUUUACUUUUUAAUUUUCAUUCGCAAGAGUGUUUAUAUGGAUGUUUAAGUAGAUGAGGAUGAAGCAAAAUACUAUUAAUCCAACACUUGAUCUGAGAUAAUCUAUUCGUUUAUCUUUUGAUGUUAUGUGUAGCUUCUGAAUCUACUCCUUCUCCUAUCCAUUUCUUUUUCGAAUGCUCAAAUCUUUUACAUGAUUCUUCUCUCUUGGUUUCUGGUCGAAUUGUUUUGGUUUCUUUCAAAUUGAAAUAUAGUUUUUUUUUUCAAAACUUUUGUUUUGAGUACAAUGUGUUUUCAUUGGACAGUUGUUUUGUGUAAAACAAAUGAAACUCUACUUUUUUUUUAAAAAAAAUUUCGGUUUCACUUGGAUUUCAUUUGUAUAAUAAUAUCAAGGAUGCUAUGAUGAAAUUUUUUCACAAAUAUUUAGUUCGAUCAAUCUACAAACACCACUGAAGGCUGAAGAGUUACAAAAUAUCAGAUUAAGGUUUCAUUUUUUUUUUUGCAAAUUGCAUCAAUAGUCGGAAGCAUCGUGGAUACGAAAUGAUUAGUUUUACAUUGAUCAAUUCAUACCAUGAUUCUCCAGCAAUUUGGAAUUCCGUACCACUAAAAUUAACCUCCUUUCUCUAAUUUUUUUUCAAAAAUUGCCCUAUACAUCCAAUUAGACAACAACUACUACAUAUUGCAUCGAAACUAUAGAGAAGAGCCUUGAGAGGCUAAAGAACGAGGAAUGAGUCGUUCAUUAAGAAAAAAAGUCAAGCCAUCUCCAAUUGAUCAUCGUGAUCUUAAUCAUGAGUUAAUGACCGUCAUUAAUUUGUAACAACUGGACAACUAAGUCUAAACCGUUAAUAUUAGUGAAUUUAUUGAUGUUGGUUUCUUUAUAUACAAAAAUAUGUUGAUGUAAGAUAGCAAUAAAUAAUAGUAAUUGAGUUUGGGUUAUUCUCAAUCUCCUGCUUGAUCAAGGAAUUUUAUCAUUUUGUUUACUUCGAAAUCAUGGAAUUGACAUACAAAUUCUGAGUACAUAUUUUGGAUCAUUAAAUUGCCUAAACAAGCUUGCUUUAACAUCCUUUUGGUGAGAUGCGAACCUUUGAACUUGAACCCCAUGAUAGACAAUCAAAAGAAUGGUAGACCAAAUUUGGUCAGCUCUAGCACAUCGAAACAGCGCAUGCUCGGGUGUUUCCAAAUCAAUAUGAGAUUAACAUAAAGGAAUUUGGUGAAGUGGAUUUGAUUGUUUGAAUUUGGGAAUUUCAGUGUUUUGUUCGAGAGCCUUUUAUCUGUUAUGGCCAGUGUAUCAGACAAUAUGGAAGUUGAUGACUUAUAUCUUGAUCUCCUAGCACUGAGGGAAUUAUACAUCCUUCUCUUGAAGAUUUGUUUGCGAGAUACGAACUCCGAACUUCUUGAUGAAAGGGCACAGAUUCUAAUGAAGCGCUUGCUUGAUGAUGCUACUUCAGGAGUUUUGGAGGUUGUCUCAAAGAACUUGGCAGCAAACUCUAACAUUCUUUACAAUUUUCUACACAAAGAUGACAAACAGACAAAGCCAGUAGACAAAAAAGUUGUUGAAUGGUUGAAACACAAUCAAACUGCAAGAAAAAUGGAAAAUUCAAAGUUUGAACAGAACCCCAUUAGGGAUAGAGCCUCAGCUUCAAAUACUGCAUUUAAUGACUUACCUCAUGGCAUCGUUUCAGCACUCAGAAGAAUUGAACUCCACAUUUUGUCCCUACAACAUUGCACAAGCCAAAGUAAGAAAACAAGAGGCAAUUGCCAGUGUGUUCUUCAAAGGAAUGAGACAUUAAACCAACAGAAAGUUCACUCAAAAACAGAUCACUCAACUUUAAGGACAGGAUUUACUAAGCCAGUAAAUCCUAUAGUGACGCACCGUAGUUCCGAGUUCGUUCAUGGUUUGAGAAUACCUCGGAGUCAAGGAAAUGAUGAAGCAAUAAUGAAACCUCCAAUCAUUGAAGCCCAUAUAAUGCCUAAACAACACAAAGUUGUAAAUCCAAUGACUAAAUCUGGAUGUACUUCAGUAGGAUCCAAGGCCACCUUCAGGCCUGCCAUUAAAUUGGAUGAAACUAGUAAACAAGUAAAAAAGAAGAACCAAAGUCCAUAUGGUCACAUGGUAAUGGGGCCAACAUUGCUGGAUCAUCAUCCCUCAAGAGAACUAAGAAGGGAACGAACUCAUAACAACAUCCAUUUACCUCCACAAAAAGAAUCAGAAUCCUCAAACUCUGAGUUUGAAUCAGCCUUUUCUUCUUCUUCAAGUUGGACAACACAAGAAACCACAGAAAGUGACACCACAGAAAGUGAAACCGUCGACAAUGACGAUGACUCUUCUUCCCCGAGCCGUUCUACCCAAACCCACCAAGACGAUUCGUCCACAACAGAUUCAAAAUCAAGUAGCACAUAUUCGAUGAAAACAUUCAAUAUCAAGCAUGGGGAAAAAGAGUCGAAACAAGCAGUAGGACCGUUCAAACAACUCAAAAACAAACUCGGCGUAAUCUUUCACCACCACCACCAUCAUCACCACCAUCACCACAACAACCAUAACUUCAUGUGGAAGCAGUUAGGGAAGAUCUUCAAUCACAAAGAGAACAGAGGAUCAGUAGUAAGUAAAGAAGAUAAGUAUGAGAAGGUAAAGAAUAGAGCCGUUAGAAGUGUGUGUGACAAGAACCAAGUGAGGAAAUUUGAGGCACUUGCUGAAGGGCUAAGAAGUCAUGUGAGGUCAAAAGCCAUGAAAAGGAAAGAGUUUAAGGGGAUGAAAUAUGGGAAGAAGAAGAAGAAGAAGAAUGGUGUGAAGAAAUUGAAUUGGUGGAGAAUGUUUCGCAAUAGGCGUGGAGUGAAGUUGCCUAAUAAAGGGCCUAUGAAAAUAGGGUAUGUAAAUAGAUAUACAUAGCUUUACAAUAGAUAGAGACAGAUUUAUUUUUAUUUGUAUAAUGGAGGUAUCAAAUUUAAAAUUUUGAUGUGUAGCAUAUAGGACUCUUAGUCUUGGAUAUGAAAUUUAGUACUUUUUUUUUAUUAUUAAAGAUAUGCUUAAUCUAUGGCCA